AUGCAACAAUCUCCCCUUUCACAUCCACCACAACACAUCACCCGCAUCCGCCUCCUCCACCGUUCCAACGCCACAUUCUUCAUCCUCGGUACCACCGGAAACGUCUACACAGUCACCCUCGCCACCACACCGACAUGCACAUGCCCCGACCCCACCGUACCAUGCAAACACAUUCAUUUUCUCUACGUACACGCUCUCUCACUUCCCCUCAACAACCCAUGUCUCCAUCGUCGCACUCUCCGUCCAUGUCAACUCACACGCCUCCUCUCCACCAAAAUCUCCAAAGAAGCGGUCGCUAGUGCACCGAUAAGAAGGCGUUUCCAUGAGUUGUACCGUCGUUCGAACGGUGGCAAGUUGUUGGUGCAUGUAGAGGAUGGUUCUAAGUGUCCGGUUUGUUUGGAGGAGUUUAGGGUGGGUCGUUGGCGUGUGGUGGCGUGUGGCGCGUGUAAGAAUCCGAUUCAUGUGGUGUGUUUGACGGCAUGGAAGAGUAAAAGUUCGAGAACUUGUGUGAUUUGUAGAGCAAGGUGGAGAGAGACAAAACAAGAAGACAAGUAUCUUAACCUGUCGGCUUAUGUUGGUGAAGAUGACAACAUGGUUAGGACUUAG